UGAACCAGCUAGUUUAACCUUCAUGGGUAUAAGCAGUGCACGUCGUGUAAAUGAUCUGAUUGGCUGCACGGAUAGAGAGAAAAAAUACUUAACGCGGUUACCCACCCACUUCUUAAAUUAUAUUAAGCCAGGGUUACGACUGAAUUCUUCCCGCAGAUGCCAAGAAGUUGUACUGAUUGUCCAUAGCAGGUACAGUGAGUGGCGAAGGUAAAUGCGAACCAGCGCCGGAAUGGAGAACAGUCAGCCCCGCUUUGAUUCAGCCCCGAUUAACGAAUCGACGUACAGGUGGUUUGUUGUGCGUGUGCUGCUCAUUAUGGGGUUGCUUCAGAUAGCAUCGAGCGUCGCGCUUGUAAUGUACUUCUCACACCAGAUUGCACAGGUAUCUUCAAACUGUUCCAUGCAGAAUAAUGCACAAUGCUUGAAUGAAUCUCAGUGGAAAGCAAUACAAGAUUUGCUGGAAAAGAACAAACAAGAGAGUUUGGCUCCUGUUGCAGAUGCUCUUAUAGGUCCUCGAAGAGAAUUCAGAGUACCUGAACGUCUACACUGCAAAACAAAGAAGGAUCAGAAGCAAUCUGCGCUUCCUCCUGAGAAACCUUCAGCACACCUACCUAUACGAGCUGACAAAAACUUCAUUCAAAACACCACUCGACCAACUAUGAUAUACUGGGACUCGAGCAACGGCUUGGCACAUAUACAUAAUAUGAGCUAUUCAGAUGGAAAGAUCAAAGUCAACCAGGAAGGACUCUACUACGUGUAUGCCAAGACAUGUUUCAGACAUAAUCUGGAGGUAUCUGAGGAACUCCGAGCUGUGGAGAACGGGAUUCAGUUGCUGCAGUACGUUUAUCAUAUAAAACAUACGCGGCAACACGAAAAUCUGCUUCUCAUGAAGAGUGGGAGUGUCAAGCACUGGAACAAACAUGUCAAAUUCAGACUCUAUUGCAUACACCAAGGAGGCCUCUUUCCAUUAAAGUCUGGGGACGACCUGUUUGUUAAAGUGUCCUAUGCAUCGUUACUGGAUCCAACACAAGAGGCUAGCUAUUUAGGAGCUUUUAAACUGGAAUAAGUUAUUUUAUACAGAACAUGUAAAAAUUCCUGCCUUAUGAACAUUCUUUUGAGAAUAACGAAGAACCACUGAGCUCACAAGAAUAAUGACUUUGUUUUAUUUCUUACAAUUUUUACUUUUUGCCUUAAGUAUUUACUUUCACAAAAAAGUGUGCUUUUUUUCAUAUGGUUAAAAUCAAAUAUUAUAUUUGAUGAUAAUGAUUUUAGGGUUACUGUUAAUUAUGUAUUAUAGUGUCUGUUGGCACAUGAGAUUUAAGAUAUUGUCUAGUCAUUUGAUGUUUUGUUAUUGAGCCGUUGCACUUCUGGAGUUCCUGAGGGGGUAAUGCAGCUCAGAAUCGGUUUCGUUUAAAGCGAAUACCUUGUUUCCAUCUUCAUGUGAAGCCCAUGUUUUGCACUUGGUGGUGGUUGAUUGUCUGUCCACACUUCAUUUGGUAGGCUGUACUGUCCAUGUUAGAUCUCAGGAGCUAGGCAUGGUUGAACCACUUUUAUGGAAAGCGCAUCUGGAGUUAUAGAGAGUCGAUGAUUUAGUUUGUCACUUUCUACCCUCUGUGUAGAAUAUUCACCUUGAUGCUAGGUGGCAAGGUGCUAAUAAUGCAACCACUUGUGGGGGCUGGAUCCUCUCCAUUUGUGGUACAAGCAACACCACAGGUGCUAAUCUUGUUUUGCUAUCUUAAUUCCAAAAUAUGCCAAAAAGAAAACAGGCAAAGGUGAUUUGUCAUUUCUUUGGCUAAUGCAUUCUUUGGCUGAGGACCUUUGUAAACACGAUGUUGAUAGUACAGGUCCCCAUCCUUUUCUUUAACUAGAGAGUCUAGCCUCUGGCAUGGAGAGACAUGGAGGUAUCUAUACUACAUACAUGAACACAAUGCACUGUAAAUCACAGUAUUUCUGUUUGCUAGUGGAAAUAAGUGUAUGCCAGUUAUAUGUAUUUAUUUGAGUGUAGAACAGGUGGAAACAAGUUAAAGUGUGAAGGUCUGUGUAUUUAUAAAUUGUCAGUGUUUUGAAAGAGCGGCAGACUGAUCUUACAGCUGAGCUGAUUGUUUCCCAUUUAGAGUUUAAGAUUUUUUUUCUAUGUUAUUUAUAUCAGUUAAAGUAAUAAAAUAAAUACUUUUUUUAA